UCAUUUUCUCUACUACCACUGCUAAUAAAUUACAAACAGAAUUGCAAGCUAUAUUUUCUGUUUGGUUUACAGAUCUAACAAAUAUAUCUGAAAAGUCUGAUGACAGUAGAAAUUGUUGCCGACAUUAUUGGGAUAUUUUCUUAUUAACAGUCUCUACCUUCACUUCACUUCACUUCACAGCCAUAGCCAUUUGUAAUUUGGUAACAACUUUUUCCUCUUUUUUUUCUUCUUCUGGGUUUUGUGCAUUUUUCUCUGUAGUGAGUUAAAAAUGUGCAUGAAAGAAAGAGAAAAAAUCAUCUGGGAUCAAAUGCGAAUAACGCCAUUUUCGAUUUUCACUUUGCCCAAAUUCAUGAUAUGGUUAAUAGUUUUCGUAUUAUUCAUUUAUGUUUUCACCACUCAAAAAUACCUUUCUUCUACAUCUUGUAACGACAUUUUUAUCACAAGUAGCAAUAUUAUUUUACCAAUUAACUCAAAAACCAACUCAACAAUCUCUUCAAAUACUUCAAUUAUUGAUCAACAAACACGAAUUUUACAAGAAGAAGUUGAAAAAACUAAUAUAGAGCAUGUAGUGUUUGGAAUUGCAGCUUCAUCUAAGCUUUGGAACAAAAGGAAAGAAUAUAUUAAGCUAUGGUGGAAGCCUGAGAAGAAAAUGAGAGGUGUUGUUUGGUUAGAUAAUUCCGUUAAAACGGAGAAAAAUGAAAGUAAUUCACUACCUGAAUUGAGAAUUUCAGCUGAUACUUCACAUUUUACCUAUAAUAACAAGCAGGGCCAUCGAUCUGCUAUUCGAAUUUCGAGGAUUUUAUCGGAGACAUUGAGGUUGGGAAAAGAGAAUGUGCGGUGGUUUGUGAUGGGUGAUGAUGAUACUGUAUUCGUAACGGAGAAUUUGUUGAGAAUUUUAAAUAAAUAUGAUCAUAAUCAGUACUAUUACAUUGGUAGUUUGAGUGAAAGUCAUUUGCAGAAUAUUUAUUUUUCUUAUAGUAUGGCUUAUGGUGGUGGUGGAUUUGCUAUAAGUUAUCCUUUAGCUAAAGCUAUUGAUAAAAUGCAAGAUAGAUGUAUUCAAAGGUAUCCAGGACUUUAUGGUUCUGAUGAUAGAAUGCAGGCCUGUAUGGCGGAAUUGGGGGUUCCACUUACUAAAGAACUCGGAUUUCAUCAGUAUGAUGUAUACGGGAACUUAUUCGGGCUACUAGCAUCACAUCCGAUAACACCAUUGGUGUCGUUACACCAUCUUGAUGUCGUGGAGCCAAUCUUUCCGAAUGUUACUCAACUGCAGGGUUUACAGAAGCUCACAGUACCGAUGAAACUCGACUCAGCUGGUAUUAUGCAACAAUCCAUUUGCUAUGACAAAGUUAACAGUUGGACUAUUUCAGUGUCAUGGGGAUUUGCAGUUCAGAUAUUUCGUGGAAUUCUUUCUCCGCGUGAAAUAGAAAUGCCAUCGAGGACUUUCUUAAAUUGGUACAGGAGAGCGGAUUAUACUGCGUAUGCUUUUAACACAAGGCCUGUUAUGCGUAAUCCAUGUCAAAAGUCUUUCGUAUUUUACAUGUCAAGUGCUAAAAUGAAUUCUUACAGCAAUCAAACUGUGACUCAGUAUACUCGUCAUCGAGUUCCUCCUCCAUUAUGCAGAUGGAAAAUGGCAAAUCCUGCAGAUGUUGAGAGAAUUCAGGUUUAUAAGAAGCCUGACCCCCAGCUAUGGGAUAGGUCUCCAAGGAGGAAUUGCUGCAGAGUGUUAAGCUCAAAGAAGAAAAGCAUGGUGGUGGAUGUAGGUGUAUGUAGUGAAAAUGAAGUUAGUGAAGUAUGAUGAAUAAUAAUAUGUGAACCCACCUAAUUAAUAGUCACCUGUAUUUUUUCAUUUAUUGAAUCUUAUCUAAGAAAAAUUUUCUUGGAUCUUCCAAGUUCCACUUUAGGGUAAAAAUUAUGAUCCAAGUGUAGCAUAGUUUUUUAAUGUAACUUUUAAAUAAUAUUAAUUCAUUUCUUGGUUCCAAAAAGACCCCCUUUUUUUUCCUU